AUGGAAAGAAAGGUAACCAUCGCGGCAUGUUCUUUAAAUCAAUGGGCUUUAGAUUUCGAAGGAAAUCUAGAAAGAAUUAUACAAAGUAUACAAGAAGCAAAAGAAGCUGGAGCUACGUAUAGAUCUGGUCCAGAGUUAGAAAUUAGCGGGUACAGUUGCCAGGAUCAUUUUUACGAGGGAGACACAUUUCUUCACAGUUGGGAAGUUUUGGGAGAAUUGUUAAAAAAUCCCAUUUGUAAAGAUAUUUUGAUCGACGUGGGAAUGCCCGUAAUGCACAAAAAUGUAGCAUACAAUUGUAGGGUAGUUUUUUUGAACAGGCAAAUCCUUCUUAUUCGGCCCAAACUAUUACUUUGCGACGAUGAAAAUUACCGGGAGAGUAGAUGGUUUACUCCUUGGCGGAAACCCCAACAAAUAGAAGAUUUCACAUUGCCCACGAAUAUAAGAUCAAUCACGCAACAAACCACUGUGCCUUUUGGUGACGCUGUCAUUGCCACGAAGGACACUUGCAUAGGCUAUGAAAUAUGUGAAGAAUUGUGGAAUCCCAAUAGUUCUCAUAUACCUUUAAGUUUAGACGGAGUAGAAAUAAUUGUUAAUGGAUCUGCAUCUUAUGUUUCCUUACGUAAAACAUACGUAGUCGUUAACUUAAUUAAAAGUGCCACGCUUAAGUGCGGUGGCUGCUACUUGUUUAGCAAUCUCAGAGGUUGUGACGGUGAAAGAGUUUAUUUUAACGGUUGCUCUUGUAUUUCUAUCAACGGUGAAAUCAUUAACCGGAGCAAACAGUUCACUUUGCAAGAUGUCGAAGUUAUAACAGCGACAAUAGAUCUCGAGGAUAUUAGAGCAUAUCGAAAUGCGAUUAGGUCUAGAAGUUAUGUGUCGGCAGGCAGCAGAGCAUAUCCUAGAAUUAACGUCGACUUCUUUUUAUCAUCCGAUGAUUUCUUUUUACCCUGUUACGAACCUAUAGAAUGGAUUUACCACACACCGGAAGAAGAAAUCGCAUUAGGUCCAGCAUGUUGGCUAUGGGAUUACUUGAGGCGUUCUAAACAAGGAGGAUUUUUUUUACCCUUAAGCGGUGGAGUGGAUUCAACUAGUACCGCUUGUAUUGUUUUUUCAAUGUGUCGUCUCAUUGUUCAAGCCAUUCAAACGGGAGAUGAGCAAGUUUUGUCUGAUGUACGUAAAAUAGUAUGCGAUUUUUCAUACACUCCUACAAGCUCAAAAGAACUUUGCGGUCGAAUUUUUCACACGUGCUAUAUGAGAAGUGAAAAUUCAUCAGUUGAGACCAGAAUGAGAGCCGAAAAAUUGGCAUCGGAAAUAGGAAGCUAUCAUUUAAACAUCAGUAUCGAGCCUGCUGUGAAUGCCGUAAUCAGGAUUUUUACUGGGUGCACCUCAAGAGUACCGAAAUUCAGUUUAGAAGGUGGUAGUCCAAGAGAAAGUUUAGCUUUGCAAAACAUUCAAGCACGUUUAAGAAUGGUUUUGUCUUAUUUGUUUGCACAACUUAUACUCUGGGUUAGAAACAGAUCUGGAGGAUUAUUGGUUUUGGGGUCGGCCAAUGUAGACGAAGCAUUGAGGGGUUACAUGACUAAAUACGACUGCUCAAGUGCCGAUAUUAAUCCGAUCGGAGGCAUUUCAAAAACUGAUUUAAGAAAGUUUUUGGUGUACGCAAAAACAAAGUUUUCAUUAAAUAUUUUAGAUGAAAUUAUAAAUGCAACACCUACAGCCGAAUUGGAACCUUUAAAGGACGGGAAAUUAGCGCAAACCGAUGAGGAAGACAUGGGUAUGACGUAUUCAGAAUUAAGGGAAUUUGGACAUUAUAGAAAACAAAGAUUUUGUGGACCUUAUUCCAUGUUCUGUAAAUUGGUUCCCUCAUGGAAAGAUACAUGUACCCCUGAAGAAGUUGCUUCGAAGGUAAAGCAUUUUUUUAGAUGCUACUCAAUAAACAGACACAAAAUGACAGUUUUAACUCCGAGUUAUCAUGCUGAAAGCUAUAGUCCUGAUGAUAAUAGGUUUGAUCACAGGCCAUUUUUAUAUAAUUCUUUGUGGACAUGGCAAUUUCGAGCUAUCGAUACACAAGUUAGCAACUACAAUAAAUGUGUGGCAGGUAGUAAAAGAGUAUUUCUUCCACUUGGGUACCCCAGCAGUAGCGUACCGAGAAUGGUGUAA